CUACUUGUGUAAAAAUGAAGUAACUUUCUACAAUAAUGCAGUCAUGCAGGACUUUCUUCAUAACAUUAUGCAAAAAAUAGAGUGCUGGAUUUACGUUUGAUCUCAUUUAUUAUAUCGGACACAUUUAUAAAAGAGAACACGCACAGCAAGUACCCCACACAAAACUGUGCGAGAAUUGAGGUCGAGUUUUUAUCUCACAAUUGUAUAGAUUGAAAUAAGAAAAGCCUUAAACUGUAAAUUGAUUAAUAAACAGUGUGUGUGUGUUAUAUAUGGAGGAAAGAUGCCUGAGCAGGCAUUUGCACUGGAUUUAUGUAAAAGAAACACUGAUGAUAAAGCUGACGGUGAAGAAACUAAUGGGAACCAGACAGCUACCUCAAAACUAGAAGCAUCCGGGGACCAGUCCUCUCAGGAAAUACAAUACAAGUUACGCGUUAUUGAAGAAAGUAAAGAAGAUAGUUACGGGUAUAAUAACGGGUACGGUUCUGUUGAUUACGAUGAUGAUGAAGAUAGUUUAAUUCUUGAUGAGACUGAAAAUCACACCUCUGAUGAACUAAUACCUCAAGACCUUAGUGUGAAGGUUAAGGACACUCAGAAUGACAAUGACCUUGAAAGGUCAAAUAUUGAUGAUACUGAGGUCAAUCAGGUGCAAGCGGGCAAACAUGAGUUAGACAGCAUUUCAACCAAAACCAAAGACCACCUUGAACAGCAUUUAAAUGAACAGUCCAUAGAAAAUAGUUUUUCAUGUCCUAUAUGUCACAAAAAUCUCAACUCAGAAGAUGCACUGCAACACCAUUUGUUCACUACUCACGAAAUUUCAGCCAUUCCAAAAGGGAAUGUCAACAUCGCACAGCAAAGUAAAGUCAGCCGCAAGCGCCCUCUAGAUGAAGAUAGUAGGUCAACAUUCUCUACAAGUCCAACGUCAAACGAUUCACUCUCUGAUCAUUCUGACAUUAACCCUGACAAAGAAAUAGACAUGGCCAGUAAACAGUAUAGCGAUGAGAGUUUGUCAUCGCGAAUACAGUAUCAUAGUGCAAUGCCGCCACAUUUGACGCCAGUAAAAGAAACGAGUUAUGACAGUCACAUGAGAGCCUAUGAAGCGGCUCUGAAGUCGUCAGCGUCUGAAAUGGUAGAUCCACAUGUUUGCGCUGUGUGUGCAAAGAUGUUUCCGAAGCCAAGCGAUUUAAAACGUCACAUGAUGUGUCAUACAGGAGAGAAACCAUUCAGAUGUGAGUAUUGCACUAAACCGUUUCGAGCAAAAAGUAGCAUGCAUUACCAUCUGAAAGCUACACAUGGUGUGGACAUAGAGUUAAGUCCGGGACUAGAAGAACGCUACCUCCGCAUGAAAACUCGUGCUCAGAUGAAUCUCCUACAAAGAGGUCACCUUACAGGCCUAACACAAUUAUACGGGUCGGAAUCAGGAAAUUAUCACAGGGAAAAUGUUGAUUUUGAUGAUUUGGAAGAUGAUGCGAAAUCGACUGAUUCCUAUUGUCAGAAUAUGGGUAUUGGAUCAGAUGGGUCUGAAACAGUAUCUCAGGGUAAAAAUGGUCAAACGGGUAAUGAUAAGAUGGCGUUAGAUUUGAGUAAGUCAGGGAGCAGUAGUUUCAUGGCUAAAGGUGCACACUCAGCUGUUAAUGGUGAGAUGGCUAGAAAGUGUGAGACGCCUGCAAAACGAAGUAAACUUAGUGUUCAGAACGAGACUAUUCUGGUCACUAGAUUGGAUGGCCUAGAUACAGUCCGCGGGGAAAAUUCUUCUGUAUUUAAAUGCUAUCUCUGCAGUGAAAUGUUACCAUCUCUUAGCAAAAUGCAGAAUCAUUUAUCAGUUCAUAAUCACAAGAUGGGUGGAAUAAAUUAUCAGUGUUGUUUCUGUGAUGAGAUGUUUGCCCAGAAAGCUCACAUGCAGCAACAUAUGAGAAGAAAUCAUACGUCGGAUAUCUCCGGUUUUUGUAAUACCAAAGAUUCUUCAUUUAUCUAUGAUGGCCAGGACAAUGAUGACGGAUCAUUUUCAUGCAGAUUUUGUUUUAAGACAUUUGAUAGUUUGAUCUCACACCAUAAGCAUAUGCGCCUCCAUUCCUGGAAUAAGAAUUAUUGUUGUAAAAUCUGCGGCAAAACAUUCAAUCAGUACACCAGUCUACAGGUCCACAUAUCGCGAAUUCAUUGGAAAACUGUCGGAAAAUCUAAAUUUAGAUCAUCCUGGGUGAGAAGCAAACAGCACUUUGUGAAUGUAUGGAGACUGCCUCCAAAACUUCACAAAACUUACCCAAAAACAGCUACAGAUGAAUGUUUAAAUCUUAAAACCACAAGAAAUCAAAAUACCUCAGCACUACCAAAUCAAAAUGUUACCAUUGUUAUGCCACAAUCACCAUCUGCUGCAGACGACAAUAUUUCAGAUGCUGCAGACGCAGGUUUUUCUAAUCACUCUUCUGACAAUAACUGGUCAGAAUCUUUGUCAGACAACCAAAUACAUGAUACUGAAGAGGGUGACGUUGAAAUUAGGACAGCCCCUAAAAGAUCCCUACUACCACUAAAGCGUGACUUGUCACCUAGAGGUCGAUCAUCAAGGAAAUCCACACCAGUUCAUUUAUCAUAUCAAAACCACACAACCUCAGACAAUGAAUUACCUCUCAAUUUCUCAAAAUCUGACAGAAGUCCACAGGAUACAAACAACAAUGAAGCGUCAAACGGGUUAUCACCGGAACUUCAGCUACCAAUCACUGCCAGUAAUCCGGAGGCUAUUAUGCCAGGGUAUGCACUGGGUUCCACAAAUCAUCUCCUGAUGGCCAAAGCUUUGGCAGCCCAUCAGUCACUUACUCAUCAUUUAAACAAUACCUCACAACCAAUGAUAUUUCCUCCAAACCACCUACCUCCGAGUCUAGCGGCAAUGAACCAGAUGAUGUCAUUGCCAGUUAGCACACAACUAUUGCCAGAUGCGCGUGCUGGUACCAGUAAAUCACCCUCGCCUGCCAGUCAUUCGUCAUCAAAGUCGGAUACCUCCCCGGAAGACCGAGACAGUAAGGAAGGUGUGCGUGAAAGUCUUCUAGGUUAUCCAAGGUUCCCAUUGGGUCAGGAGAAAGGCGGACCUCUGUGGUCAUUCAAUAUGUACAGCCCACCAGACACUGGUCACACUGAUGGUAGAAAAGUGACAUCGUUAUCAAGGACUCAUUCUAGACUUGGGAUAGUGCAAUCGCCCAUCAAUCGUGAAUCCAUGUGCAAAGCUACGACCCUGACAGACGGACGGACGGUAUAUAAGUGUCCAUUCUGUUCUAAAGAGUUUGUAUCCUAUUCUGAUAUUAAUCGGCACAUGGACUUCCAUGAAGGUAAGAUAAAAGGUAAUAAUCUCGCACAAAGGUACAUGUAUAUAUACAUCAUGCUUUUUAUUUUACUUUCAUUUCUGUUCCAUAUGAUUGUUAAAAAUAUAUGAGCCAUGCCAUGACAA